AUGCAAUUAGCGCUUCUGGACUUUGAGGCCGCGUUCGACUCUCUUCACCGAAGCCGUCUUCUCCACGCGUUCCGCGCCGAUGGAGUACCAAUAAAGUUCGUUCGCUUGCUUGAUGACAUGAAUCAACGAACAACUGCUGAAGCUCGAACACUUCAACAUGUUGUCAACCUUGUAUCAAAGCUGGCUGCAGCCUGUGGACUACGUCUACGUCCUGAUAAAUGCAAGCAGAUGUGGAUCUCUUCGAGACCUCGAACGGGAAUCAGGGUGGACGGACAACCGAUAGAACUCGUCGAUGAGUUCUGUUACCUGGGUUGUACGCUGAAGAACAACUGCAGCUAG